AGGUAGUAAGUUCUCACUCUCUCUCACACCGAAGGCAAAUAUCAGAAUCAAUCAAUGAGAGUAUACCUAAAGAGUAUACAAUUAAUUUAUACAAUACAAUACAAUACAAUUGUGCAAUUGUCGUUAUAGGAAUUUAAGUAUAGUGUAGAAUUAUAUUAGUGAUACCUUUCAUAUCAUUUAUUUUAAAUUAAAUUAAAUUAAUUUUAUUUCAUAUCAUACCAUACCAAUAUAAUGCCAGGAUUAAAUUUCGAUUAUUAUCAAAGAAAUCAAUUCUUAUCAGCUAAAGGAUUUGGUCAACCUAUGGCUACUUCUACUGGUACAACUAUUGUUGGAUGUAAGUUUAAAGGUGGAGUAGUUAUAGCGGCUGAUACAAGAGCAACUGCUGGAAGUAUAGUUGCUGAUAAGAAUUGUGAAAAAUUACAUAGAUUAGCUCCAAAAAUUUGGUGUGCUGGUGCAGGUACAGCUGCUGAUACUGAAAUGGUAACUCAAUUGAUUGCUUCUAAUUUAGAAUUACAUUCACUUGCUCAAAAUAGACAACCAAGAGUUAUUACUGCUUUAACUAUGUUAAAACAACAUUUAUUUCAAUAUCAAGGUCAUUUAGGAGCAUAUUUAAUUGUAGCAGGUGUUGAUCCAACUGGGGCACAUUUAUUAUCAGUUCAAGCUCAUGGUUCAACUGAUAUAGGUAAAUAUCAAUCAUUAGGUUCUGGUUCAUUAGCUGCUAUGGCUGUUUUAGAAACUAAUUUUAAAGAAGAUAUGACUAAAGAAGAAGCUAUUAAAUUAUGUGCUGAUGCAAUUCAACUGGGUAUUUGGAAUGAUUUAGGUUCAGGUUCAAACGUUGAUAUAUGUGUAAUGGAAGUUGGAAAAGAUGCUGAAUUAUAUAGAAAUUAUUUAACACCAAAUGUUAGAGCUGAAAAGGCAAGAUCAUAUAAAUUUGCUAGAGGUACUACGGCAGUUUUAAGAGAAAGUGUUAGAAAUAUCUUAGAUGUUGAAGAAACUGUAAUUACUUUUAAUUCUAAUGAUGCCAUGGAAGUAGAUGCUUAGUAAGUUUAUAGGUUUCAAAUUAAUUUAAUAUACUUAUGACUCUAUUUAACUGUAUACCUGUAUAACUGUAUAAUUGUUUAACUAUUGAUGCAUGGAUGUAGAAAUACCGACUCAACUCACCACCCA